AUGGAUUUGAUAUCAACUUCAUCUGAGAGUGGACAACUGAGUGUUGAAGCUUCAUCACUGAUUCAUGCUGAGAGUGGACAACUGAGUGUUGAAACUUCUUCAAUGAUUCAUGCUGAUAGUACUGAAUGUUACUCCCCUAGCAAUGAAGAAUCAUGGAAGUCUUUAGUCUUUCAAUCUAUCAAAGAGGUUCAAGAUUUUUAUGGUAAUUAUGCAUAUAACACUGGAUUUUCUAUUAGGACUAUGUUGAAGUCGAAGAUUAAUUCACAAAAUAAGAAAUCAGAUAAGGUACAUUAUUUGCGUUAUGUUUGUAACAAACAAGGUUACAAGAAGGGAAGUUUGCUUAAUCCUAACAACAGGCCAACAUCGGACAGUCCACUGGUUAUUGAGUUUGUGAAAGUGAAAGAAAAACCUGAGGAAAGGGUCGGUUGUACAGCUGCAAUAUAUUUGAAGCUGGAUGAAGUUUUGAAUGUGUAUAAGAUUUAUAGAUGGGAUGUGGCUCACUGUCAUCCAUUACAUAAACCAGAGCAUUUGUGUUAUCUGAGAUCAUUUAGAGAAGUAAAUGAAGUUCAAGGACAACUAGCUCUAAUAAAUUCUAAAGCUGGAAUGUCGAUGAGAACGUCUUAUGAAGUUCUUGGUCAAGGAGUUGGAGGUACGGAGAAUCUUCCUUUUCGGUUUUCAGACUUAAAGAACUAUCUAAUGACAAUUUGUCAAAAGGAGAUGGUGGUUGGUGAAGCAACUGUAAUUCAAGAAUUCUUUAGAAAUGAAGCUCUCUCGAAACCAUCUUUUUACUAUGAUAUCCAAGUUGAUGCUGCAGAAGACAUAGCUAGCAUUUUUUGGGCAGAUGGAAUUAUGCAACUAGAUUAUUCUCUAUUUGGUGAUGUCAUCAGUUUUGAUACAACUUACCGAACAAACAAUCAAUAUCGCCCAUUAGCUGCCUUUAUUGGUUUUGACAAUCAUCGCAAGAGUGUUUUAUUUGGUGCUGCGCUAUUGUACGAUGAGACAGCAGCUACUUUUGAUUGGUUGUUUACAACAUUCUUGAAGUGUAUGUCCAAUAAGAAACCACAGACUAUAUAUACAGACCAGGCUAGUGCGUUAUUGUGUUCAAUUCCAAAUAUUUUUCCAGGUGUUUUUCACGGGCUUUGUUCAUGGCACAUGGCAGAGAAUGCAAAGAAAAAUCUUGGCUCUCGUGCAAACAGUGCAUUUUUCGAUGAGUUAACUAAUUUGGUUUCAAAUGUAGACGAUGAAUCAGAUUUCGACUAUAAUUGGGAUCAGAUGAUGAAAAAUUGUUUUAAUGGAAGGCCUACUUCAGACUUUAAGUGGCUUGUCCAAACUUACGGAAAUCGUAUGCAUUGGUCUUCAGCUUGGGUCAAGUCACAUUUUACAGCUGGUCUGAAAACAACUCAGUUAAGUGAGUCUUUCAAUGCUUUUCUUCGUGGAUUUCUGCAGCCAGACCAUUCACUUGUUCGAUUCUUUAGUCAUUUCAACAUUAUGGUUCAGAGAAUGAGAGAUAAUCAUGCUGAGUUGGACUUCAAGGCUGCAAACACUAGAACAAAAAAUAAUUAUCCCAAUAGUCAGCUGAUGCGGUCCGUUGUCAACAAGUACACACCAGCUUGCUUUGCAUUUAUUCACAGGCAGUAUGACCUUUCCUUCAAAUACUAUCAUGAGGAGGACACAACAAAAGGGUCUGCCUUUAACAAGUUUUUCAAAGUUUUCACAAUUGAAAAGGUUGAUGAUAAUUAUGAUGAUGUUGAUAAUGAUAAUGAAGGGCCUUCCAAUGUUGAUGUUUUGGAUGCAGAACUUCAAGAAAACCUUUUCCCAAGUUUUGAAGAUCAUGAUCGACUUGAUGAAAGGGUUGUCACAGUUGACAUUAGAAGCAAAAGUUUUAGUUGUUCAUGUCGUAUGUUUAAGAACAGGGGCUUUUUAUGUCGACAUGUUUUGAAGAUCUUUGAGUUCUUAGGUGGUUAUGUGCAGUAUCAUUUUUUGAAGACAAUACCUGGACAAUAUGUUUUAAAGCGUUGGACUAGAGAUGUGCGUCCGUCUGUUGAUAAGCUGAAAUCUACCAUCAAUAUUGGCACUGAAGACACCACUCAAGCACAACGAUAUCAACAAAUUUGUGCUGUUACCGUUCAGCUUUCUACACGUUUUUGUGCAGAUCCGGAGGCAUCUCAAAUUUUUCUCGACGGUGUUCUUGAAGUUGGGAAAAAGGCAGAGGAGUUGCUUCUUUCUAAAGGUAUUCGUACAGACCCAUCUUCCGUGACAUCAUCAUCCAAGUUUUCAAAAGGAGCUGCUGUCGGUGAACCAUCUGCUGGGGUGAAGUCCACUGCACCAAAGUUCAAAGAAAGACUAAAUCCAAUUAAGUCAAAGAAGCGACUUAAAAGUGAUUAUGAAAAAGCUAGAGAAAGUGUACUAGGUAAAACCAUACAACCAGAUAUAGAGAUGGCAAUUAGGGUUGCUGUUUCCAUGAUUAUAUAA